AUAUUAGUUUAACAUAACAACGUUGACUUUGAAUGUCGAAGCCUCGAAGCGUUGCGCUCACUCUGACUGCUCUUUAAAUAUUUCCGGAAUUUAUUAUUUCAACAAUAUUGAAAUACAGCUCAAACAUAUAAUAUUUCAUACAUGCAAUACUAUAUGUAAAAUGUUGCCGACUGACAGAAACACAUUAAGGCAAAAACUUGCGCGACAAGCUCAGAACCCAAAUACGAACGCGAGUCAGACAGGACGACGAGCUGUCCUCAAGCUCAAGAGUGGACGCAACAGCAACCACAAUAAGGUGAGCAAAGCAGAUCCCAUUUCGCUGAGUUUCCACGACUCCUGCCUACGCAUGUCCGAUGUUCAACUGCUUCACGGACCUCGCUGGCUCAACGAUCAGAUUUUCGGCUUCUAUUAUGAAUACCUGUCGCAUGUUAAGUACAAGAACAACAACGACAUGCACUUCGUAACGCCUGAGGUCACUCAGUGCAUGAAGUAUAUGGAUGAGACCGAGAUAAAUAUGAUAUUUGAGGAUAAUAAAGCGCCUCAAAAAUCAUUCGUGUUCUUUGCGUUGAACGACAACGAGAAGAGCAAGUCUGGAGGUGCCUAUUGGUCAUUGCUUGUGCUCUCGAGGCCGGAGAAGACGUUCUUUCACUUUGAUUCGUAUGGCAACAAUAACACUGGACCAUCUAAGGAGAUAAUGAAUCAAGUUAAGGAGAUGUUCGGCUUUCGUCAGGCCAAGUUUCGGCCAAUGAGAUGCUUACAGCAGGUAAAUGGCUACGAUUGCGCCAUUCAUGUCAUAUGUAUGACGGAUCUUAUUGCCGACUAUGUGAAUCGCUAUGAGGUCAUUGAGGGACUUCCCCUCCUACACAUGGAUACUGUGAAAGCGAAGCGGGCGGAGCUGCUCAAGCUAAUCAUCUCGCUGGGCGGAAUGACAUAGACGCUACAUCUGCGGUGCUUUCUUUUCCUUUCUAAUUUAAUUUAAAUGUAAUUAUGACAUUAAUUGAAGAAUGUUGUAAAAAUUCUGGGAAAUGUGAAGAAAACGAGUAGUUUUAUUCCAAAUAAAUAGUUUAUCUAA